GUUGUUGCUGUUGUGUUGUUCUGGGCCCGUGCCCCUACUGGACAUCUGUGAAAAAGAGCUUGAGAGCUCUUCGGAUUCCUCCUCCUGCAGUAUAAAUAAUUAUCGCGACUCGUGUCGGGCUUGUGUCGAGUUGAGCGGCAUUUCGAUAACUCGAUACUCGAUCGGUGUCGCAUCGAAGCACGUGACCCCCUCGAUAUCGCGACAAUCGUCGGGUUUGUUGACGAGAUCGCGACUCGAUUGGUCGCGACUUGCUCCGGAGCGACGCCGAUCGGAAGUCGACUGCUCAGCCUGGACACGCCGCGCGGGGUGCCGGCGUCACUUCCACGUGCGACCUUGGCGGGGCAGGCGGAGCGGGCGCGAGAAGAGAGGCGGGACAGAUUGAGCACAUACUGUAGAGAGGACAGACAGAGAGAUGACAGAUUGAUAAUAGAGAGAUGACAGAGAAUAGAGAGAUGACAGAUAGGGAAUAGAGAGAGGGAUUACACACGCAGGUUACACAGCGCAAACUGCAUAUACAGCGACUCCAAACAGACUGCACAGUACUGUCCUGGUACUACAGUUACAGGCAUGCAGGCGCCAGUGACAGGAGUCUAACCGCGAACCAGUGGCGCCAUGGGAGGACAUCACCGCUGUGUCUGGGGGACAGUCCGGCUGGUGGCACGCAGAGCGAGCCAGUUCAACAACCCUGCGCCACGUCUCCUCACCCUCUUCCCUGAUCAUCGGCACUGCUCUGGCCGUGCGUUCUCCGUGUCUGCGCCCAGCCAUGCCAGUCCCAGUCUUGAUCCUGGUGUUGGGUUGUAUAGCUCCCUGGCAGACACGGCGCCUGUGCUACUUGCUGAGCACCUACUGGCGGCGACGCAGGCCUCCUUAGGCCUGCCCUGGUGGGCUACGAUCGCUUGCAGCACGGUCGCCCUCCGCUCGUGCGUCACCCUCCCCCUCACAGUCUACCAGAUGCACGUGAUGGCCAAGCUCUCCGCACUGCAACAGGAAAUCUCGGAGCUGGCACGGCUGCUGCGGCGCGACGUGUCCGUGACGGCGCGGCAGCGCGGCUGGCCAGAGAGCACAGCGCGGUUUGAGUUCCGCAAGGAGCUGAAACGCCUGGUGAGUGAGCUGUAUGUGCGCGACAACUGCCACCCUGUGAAGACCUCGCUGAUCAUGUGGGUCCAGAUCCCCCUGUGGAUCAUCCUAACCGUCUCCCUGCAGAACAUCUCCCGGCUCGCACAGGAUGAGUCAAGCGUGUAUGGAGGCCUCCUGGAAGGAGGAAUGUUGUGGUUUUCCAAUCUCACGCUACCGGACGCCACGUGGAUUCUGCCCAUUUCUCUCGGCCUCAUAAACCUGCUCAUUGUCGAGAUGUUUGCGCUGCAGAGGAAGGACAUGUCGCGCAUGCAGCGGCUUGCUACAAACUUCAUCCGACUGCUGUCAAUAGUGAUGGUGCCAGUCGCCGCAGCGGUCCCGUCGGCCGUGAGCCUGUACUGGGUGAGUUCCAGCGCUGUGGGUCUGGCUCAGAACCUGGCUCUGCGCGCUCCACGAGUCCGUUCCCUCCUGCAUCUCCCACGUUCCCCCAUGGACUCCGAGACACCAUACAGAGACCUGGCUCGAUCAUUCCGCUCCAAGAUCAUGGACAGAGGCGGUUCUGCGGAGACACCCAAGGCGCGAAGAUGAAAUGGAACGAAGUGAAAGGCCGAGGCCUUGCUUGAAUAGUCUGACUAAACAGUAAAAUAAAAACCUAUUCUAUUUGUAGAACGGAGCCGUUUUCAUAUUAUUGUAUGUGUGAUCACAUUGUUGCAGAUGUUUUUUCACAGCUCAAAUACAAAAUGAACUCUAGAUGAUGCUGGCUCUUCUGAGAGGUUAUUGGUGAAAUAAAUUAGAUAAAUUAGAAUACAUUUUUAAUAGUUUAAUUUGUCAUCUAUAGUUUGAAUGUGAUUACUUGUUCCUGUGAGGUCAUGACACACCGAUUUAAAAAGCUGGGUCAGGCAACGCAGUUAUUCUGACUUCCUGGGUUUUGACCUGAAGAUGCAGAUUCAAUUAAAACGCUGUCGAUAUAAUUGCAAAACUUGGUGGUGAUAAUUGUUCUUAAAUCACCGGUGAGCUAAAACAAUAAUUGGCGCAUUGUUAAACGCUUGCACACGUGACGCGUAUUUGGCUGUGUCGGGUGGUGGUGGGGCAACUUAAAAAUAAACGUUUCCAAAUCGGGUUUUUUUUCGAUUGGCAGGCAGCCCCAUGAGUGGAUAUGAAUCACUGUUACUCGCAGACAGUGAUGCCCCAAAUACAUCGCAGUGCCCUCCAAGUCGCUCUUGGAAGUUGCAACUUAAGAACUUUUUUUGUUGCAUAAAUCCGUGGCCGGAAAACCCCGUAAGGUCAACAUCACGGGGUCAACAUCAUGGCCAAGUGCUAUGCAGUACAUUUAGAAACGGGAAACUCGAAUAACCUCGAUUGUCACGAGUGCCAUGAGCUGCUGGGCAUCUGCUGCCAUUCCGCAAAGAUGUGGAUGAAGCUCUGAACAGCUCCGUAGCAUCAGACAGCUCACGCACUAUUUGCAGGAAUUGAUGUGAAAACUCAUGUCUUUAAAAUCGCUUUUUGUGUUUGGUUUGUUAGCCUCCCCCCGCAGUUCCGAUUAGCACGGUGCAAAGGAAGUUCUACAUCGGUACACGAGAUGCUUUUGUAUUAUUUGUGUAAUGUUGGUCAUUCUGGUCACCCAAGUCACGUUUGCAAACGCGACUCUCCCGGAAUUCUGUGGCGGCCUCUUGUGAGUGCCAAGGCGACCCAGCGCUAUCGUCGCUGCAGUAUUCUCGCGUGUUUACUCAGAAAGAGUCACAAGACUCAUUUUCAGGAGGGUCCUGUCAAGUCUUAGCACUAUGGGGUGCAGGGGGGGGGUUAUACUGGUAGGAACGAAGUGGACCAGACCACCAAUAGAUUAAUGUGUCCGUCCGUCCGUCCGACUGUCCGUCCGUGUAUCAACAUCGCCCCCUACUGCAAACACUUGGCAUGACCCUACAAAAACCUUUAGACUCAGUGACGCUAUCCUAGUAGCAACAUCGCCCCCUACUGCAAACACUUGGCAUGACACGUGUAACUUUCCCUUAUUCCCUGAGAUAGCUUUUAAUUAAAACUUUGAAAUUAAAUAAAAAAAACUCACAGCGCCCUAAAGCCUACAGCUAGGCCUAAAGCCUAGAACUAGGCCUCAAAGUCUCCCUUCGUAUCGUACCCCCGCGUGUGUGAAAGGGAGUUAUGUUUAACAAUGUUACAUUCCCUCAAGAUUUUAAAUAGAAACAUUUAAAUUAAAAGCUUUUACAUAAAUCAUUAAAACAUUUAAAUUAAAAAUUAACUCACAGCGCCCUAAAGCCUACAGAUAGGCCUAAAGCCUAGAACUAGGCCUCAAUCUCUCCGUAUCGUCCGAUUCGGUGUAGCAACAUC